CGUCACCUCAGUAUGACCCAUCACCUGAGUAUGAACCUGAAGCAGGUUCUUCAUCAUUUCAGCAAUCAUCUCAACAUCAAAUAGAACUUUCACAGAAGGAUGCUGAUGAUUUAUUUGGUUGUAAUGAUUAA